CUGUGCGGCGCGGGGCGCGGUGGGCGAUGGGAAGAUGGCGGCCGGCAGCAGCGGCGGUCCGGGCGCUCCGUGCCGGCACCACGCGCAGCUCGGAGCCUGCGAGUCGCGCGCCAAGUACCGCGAGGGGUGGCGGCCGCGCGCCGUGAAGGUUUACACUAUCAACUUGGAAUCUCGCUAUUUACUGAUACAAGGAGUUCCUGCAUUAGGUGUUAUGAAGGAAUUAGUUGAACAAUUUGCAUUGUAUGGUGCCAUUGAUGAGUAUCAUGCUCUAGAUGAAUAUCCAGCAGAGCAAUUUACUGAAGUGUAUCUCAUAAAAUUCAAAAAACUGCAGUGUGCAAGGGUGGCCAAGAAAAAAAUGGAUGAACGAAGUUUCUUUGGUAGUUUGCUGCAUGUGUGCUAUGCUCCAGAAUUUGAAACAGUCCAAGAAACUAGAGAGAAGUUGCAGGAUAGAAGAAAGUACAUAGCAAAAGCAACAAAUCAAAGAGAUUGCUUUGUGUUGAAGAAAGUAGAGGGCCCUAAGAAGACAGCCUCAAAGAACUCUGAGCAUGACUGUCCAUGGAGUACAUCAGAAUUACAUGUAGCCAGUAACUGGGAUCCAUCCUGCUUUACAAGUUCUCCUGGGGUAUCCCACAACAUGGCGUAUCCAUCUGGGAAUCAGAAUCAGAGCCUGUCAACAUCCCCGCACUAUGAUAACAAUUGUGCUGACAUUUCUGCGUACUUUGGUCAAAACACAUCUUUAACUCCAAAUGUACGUCCAGGAGGACACACUCCACCAGCUUCCUUAAUGCAGCAAAGAAUGGUUCCCACUUACAAUGGAAUUGACAGGUUUAUGCCUCGUACAACUCACCUGCAAGAACGUAAGAGGAAGAGAGAAGAAGGUAACAAGUUUUCCCUCAUUGGAACAAGUGAGGACAAUACUGAAGUUGUUAUUGGUCCACAACUACCAGAAAUACCUAAAGUGGAUAUGGAUGAUGAGUCUUUGAAUACUUCAGCUACAUUAAUUCGAAAUAAACUGAAAGAGGUAGCAGAUUCUGUUUCAACAUCAUCUGUGGAAAAGCCAGAGAGCAGCUCACCCAAACCACCUGUAAAGCAGAGAAGAAGAAUAUAGAUACUGCUGGCAGCAUCUUCCAUCAGUCCUUUUGUAAAGAAUAUAGUUUAAAAUACUUAUUUUUUUAUGUAAAAAAUAAAACUUCCUUUAUACCAUA